AUGAGCUGUCGCUUCCAGAGUUCCUCCACCAGCUAUGGAGGUGGUUUCGGGGCUGGUUCUUGCCAGCUUGGAGGAGGCCGGAACAUCUCUACCUGCUCGUCCCGGUUUGUUACCGGAGGUUCAGCUGGAGGCUACGGAGGUGGCAUGAGCUGUGGCUUUGGUGGAGGGGCUGGUAGUGGGUUUGGGGGUGGCUUUGGAGGUAGCUAUGGUGGUGGCUUCGGUGGUGGCUUCGGUGGCGGCUUCGGUGACUUUGGAAGUGGCGAUGGCGGCCUCCUCACCGGCAAUGAGAAGAUCACCAUGCAGAACCUCAAUGACCGCCUGGCCAGCUACCUGGAGAAGGUGCGCGCUUUGGAGGCAGCCAAUGCCGAUCUGGAGGUGAAGAUUCGUGACUGGUAUCUGAAGCAGAGCCCAGCUAGUCCAGAGAGGGACUACAGUGCUUACUACAAGACCAUAGAAGAGCUCCGAAUCAAGAUCCUGGAAGCCACCACUGACAACAACCGAGUGAUCCUGGAGAUCGACAACGCCAGGCUGGCUGCAGAUGACUUCAGGCUCAAGUAUGAGAAUGAGCUGGCCCUGCGCCAGAGCGUGGAGGCCGACAUCAACGGCCUGCGCCGGGUGCUGGAUGAGCUGACCCUGGCCAGGACCGACCUGGAGAUGCAGAUCGAGAGCCUGAACGAGGAGCUGGCCUACCUGAAGAAGAACCACGAAGAGGAAAUGAAGGAGUUCAGCAACCAGGUAGUAGGCCAGGUUAAUGUAGAUCUGGAUGCCACCCCUGGCAUCGAUCUAACCCGCAUGCUGGCUGAGAUGAGGGAGCAGUAUGAAGCCCUGGCAGAGAAGAAUCGGAGGGAUGCCGAAGAAUGGUUCCAGGCCAAGAGUGCAGAGCUGAACAAGGAAGUAUCUUCCAACGCCGCCAUGAUCCAGACCAGCAAGACAGAAAUCACAGAGCUUAGGCGCACACUCCAGGGCCUGGAGAUUGAGCUGCAGUCCCAACUGAGCAUGAAAGCUGGCCUGGAAAGCACCUUGGCAGAGACAGAGUGCCGCUACGCCCUGCAGCUGCAACAGAUCCAGGGGCUCAUCAGUGGCAUCGAGGCCCAGCUGAGCGAGCUCCGGAGCGAGAUGGAGUGCCAGAACCAGGAGUACAAGAUGCUGUUGGACAUCAAGACACGGCUGGAGCAGGAGAUCGCCACCUACCGCAGCCUGCUUGAGGGCCAGGACUCCAGGAUGACUGGCUUCAACAACUCAGGAGGAAAUGGCACAGCUACCUCAAACACCGCCUCCUCUCCCUCCACUUCUGGCCGCCUGGAUUUCCGCAAGUAUUAA